AUGGGAAAUGAAUGCACAAAACUUCGUAAAAGUGAAAAAAACCAGAUAAUAAUUCGUUGGAAUUUAAUAAAUGAAGAAACUGAUAUUGCUCAGUUAAAUGCAAGUGGAAAAAAUAUCAUUGAGCAAUAUAAGACUAUGUUAAACCAACUAAAACAAAACAAUCAACUAACUUAUAAUGAGAAAAAAAAGGCUGUGGAAAAUAUAACUUUCAUGAGAGAUCGAGAAAAUCUUGUUCGAUUGAAAGAAAUUACUUAUCUAUGUAAAGUGUGUGGAAAGCAAGGAUAUACUGAAUUAUCUU